GGCAUUUAUUGCAGCUCUCGCCCAGGAGGGGCAGGGAAAGUCGCACAUAAAGUGCUGAGGAGUGAGAGAGGAGAGACACGCUUUUGAACCUUGGGAUAUUCGGGGCUUUUGGGGUGUUUUUUUCCCUCUGCCGCCAAGAAGUUUGAUUUUGCUCUGCCGGUCCCUGGGAUCACAGCCAGACAGGAAGCGUUUUCUCUCGGCCACAGAGCUCUCUCCGUCCUUCCUGCGCUCCUCCGGCUCGCAGUGAUUCAGCCCUGAAUUGAUUUGCUCCGUCGUCCUUCACCUGGUGCCAGGGAAGUAGGCGGCGGUCCCCGCGGCACCCACCGGCAGCCGCGCACCCACAUCCCGCCCGGGGUGGAUGCGUCUCCUCCGGGAAGGGCUCCCCAGGGAAGUUUGCAGCCAGGAGCAGCCGCGCAGGGGCUGAGGCUCCGUGGGAGAGCCCCGGGGACACGUCCAGACCCCUCUGAAGGAAGCCAUGGCCGACAGCCAGAUGCCCUUCUCCUGCCAUUACCCCGGCAGGCGCAGCGUCCGCGACCCUUUCCGGGAGCCCGGCCUGACCUCGCGCCUGCUGGACGAUGACUUCGGGAUGUCGCCCUUCCCCGGGGACCUGACCGCGGACUGGCCCGACUGGGCUCGGCCCCGGCUCACCACGACCUGGCCGGGUCCCCUGCGCUCGGGCAUGGCCCGAGCCUCCACCAUGGCCCCCAGCUACGGCACCCACUUUGGGGGGUACCCCGAGAGCCGCAGCCCCGCGCCCUUUCCCCGCGAGCCAUGGAAGGUGUGCGUCAACGUGCACAGCUUCAAACCCGAGGAGCUCACGGUCAAAACCAAGGAUGGCUACGUCGAGGUGUCAGGCAAACACGAGGAGCAGCAGGUGGAAGGAGGGAUCGUCUCCAAGAACUUCACCAAGAAAAUCCAGCUGCCCUACGAGGUGGACCCCAUCACGGUCUUCGCCUCCUUGUCGCCGGAGGGGCUGCUGAUCAUCGAGGCGCCCCAAAUCCCUCCCUACCAGCAGUACGGCGAGGGCGGCUGCGGCAGCGAGAUCCCCGUCGAGAGCCAGGAGGCCACGUGUGCCUGAGCAGCCUCCCGCAUCCCUCCAUCCCUCCUUCCCUCUCUCCUCUCCCCCCGGACCCCCGCUCCCUGGUCCCCUGCGGCGCGGCGUCUGGACUGCCUCUGGCUAAAGGGUGAUGGCAGCAGCACCCGCCACCCCGGGGGGGACCAGCUGAGAGCCAGGGCACACACAGGGUGCCAGGCCACCGUCCUCGAGGGCUUGUAGUGGUCUGAGGAGCCGGUAGAGGUUUUGUGCCCAUGGGGCCGAGCAGAACAGAUGUCCUCCUUAUGGUUGGGUUUUGCUCUAAGUCGCUCGAAUGGGAUAUUUAUGACAGUAGCAAAAAAAGGGCCCUUUUUUUUUUUUCUCUAGAAUUGACGUGGAAUCCCAUAGUCCUGUGUCUUCUCCUCCUCUGUAGGUUUUGGGGUUUGUUUUUAUAAACUAUAUCUCUGCAAAGGAUGCGCAUCCGGCAGCGGAGCUUGAUGGCACGGCCUCUGUCCUGAGGAACGCCACCCGUCUGCGUGUUCUGAACGUUGGUUUGGGGGUUUUCGUGUUUUGUUCAGGUUUUCUGCUCUUUCUUUUUUUCUUUUUUUUUUCCAAAGAUAAUUUGUGCUUUUACUUGUCAGACCUGAGGAAUAAAACCCAGUCGAUGUUCUUAGCCUC